GAACACAAGUGCGACAUAAUCACGAAUGUUGUUAAGUAACUGGUGUGCGAUAAAAGCGCCUCUGGACUGCAUAUACGCGUACGUAUAUAUAGCGAAGCCAGCCACCGCGCACCAAUACUAGUAAGAGCCGGCUGUCAUGGGGGAAGGUCUGCUUCUCAGCUUGGUGUUGCUGGCGGGAGCGUGGACCGCGCAGGUGGAAGGGAGUGUGGGGUACGAGAACCCGGCCUGUGACGGCAAGACGGUCAUCGUGCAUCUUUUUGAAUGGAAAUGGACAGACGUCGCCCUCGAGUGUGAACGUUUCCUGUCUCAGGCUGGGUUCUGUGGUGUCCAGGUGUCGCCGCCCAACGAGCAUGUGGUCAUCACGGAGGAGUACCCGUAUCCAUGGUGGCAGCGAUACCAGCCCAUCUCGUACAAGCUGCGCUCCCGCUCCGGCACCGAGGAGGAGUUCACUGACAUGGUACACCGCUGCAACGCCGUCGGGGUCAGGAUCUUCGUGGACUCCGUUGUGAACCACAUGGCGGGGCUGGGACGCAGAGGUACGGGCUCGGCUGGCACUGCCUUUGAUUCAGACAAGCUGGACUUCCCUGGCGUUCCAUACACUGCCGAGGAUUUCACGCCCAAAGACUUGUGUCCUUCACAUGACGGCAACGUCAACAACUAUGGCGACCCUAACAAUGUCCGCAACUGCUAUCUGGUCGGGCUGACGGAUCUGUACGGCGCCUCCACGCACGUGAGAGAGAAGGUGGCUGAAUACUUCAACAAGCUGGUGGACAUUGGAGUCGCUGGCUUCAGGAUCGACGCCGCUAAGCACAUGUGGCCUGAGGACCUGCAGGCUAUGAUGAGCUUGACCAGCGACCUCAACACUGAUCAAGGCUUUCCCGCCAACACACGUCCUUUCUUUUACCACGAAGUUAUCGACAGGAAUGACGGCGCAGUCACCGUGCAGGAAUAUUACGGCAUGGGUCGGAUCACUGAAUUCCGGUACUCGCAGAAGAUAGCGUGGGGCGUGCAGGACCCCGGUCAGCUGGGUGGCGUGUACGACCCUGGCUGGGGAAUGGCAGACCCCGACAAGGCCUUCGUGUUCGUCGACAACCAUGACAAUCAGCGAGGACACGGAGGGGCAGGAGAUACCCUAACCCACAAGUUCCCGAAGGACUACAGGCUGGGCGUGGCCUUCACCCUGGCUCAGCCUUACGGCUUCACUCGCAUCAUGUCAUCCUACUUCUUCGGUGACGAUUCGGACGCCGGGCCUCCACACCUGUCAGACUACAGCACGGCCAAUGUGGUGAUCAACGCCGACAACCAGUGUGAAGGUGGCUGGGUCUGCGAGCACCGCUGGACCUCCAUCUAUAAAAUGGUAAGAUUCAGAAACGCUGUGGCUGAUACUAGCAGCUGGGAGAACUACUACAGCGACGGUAACGUGGUGGCCUUCUCCAGGGGCAACAAGGGAUUCUUCGCGAUGGUCAAAUACGGCACAGUGUCCCAGAGCUUUCAAACGGGGAUGCCAGCCGGCACGUACCAAGAUGUGGUGUCCUGCCAGAGUGUGACAGUCGGCGGGGACGGCACAGCCCACGUCUCCAUCACUAACGAGGAGGAGCCUGUGUUUGCCAUCUGUCAGGGUUGUGACUGUACCGAGCCGCCCGUUGUCACCGCCACCCCUGAACCAGACCGCACGACGACCACCACCACCACCACGCAAGGACCCACGGAGCCCAGCAUCACCGACGGCAUCCACCGCACCGUCAUCUUCAUGUUCAAACAGACAAAUGACGGUCAAGAUUUGUUUGUGCGAGGUGGCAUAGACAGCGCCCAGCGACCAGGCUGCACCGAGGACGCCGAGACGGAUCCGUGCGCCAUCGACAUUACCACCAACUCUCUCGGGACGACCAGUCAUUAUGAUAAGUACAACUCGUGGCGUAUUGGUGACACCCGCUUGGAUUGGCAGGGCGCGCAGGCCGGCCAGGGGAGCUAUGGCGGCCAGGCAGCUUCGGGAACACCUCUGGCAUGGACUUCCAGCACGCCCGGCAACCCCGGCUACCAAGACUUGAACACAUUCGGGGACCAUUACUGGAUGGUUGACGUAGAUAUGGAUUGUUCUCAGACUGAAGAUGGAUGGUUCGAAGUAAAGGCCUUCCUUACCAAUGGAAAUGGCUGGGAAGGAAACAUUAACCAGAUUAACGGGUGUUCAGGGACCGCUGGCGGCCGCGCUCCAUACAGCAGCCAAAACCACUUCGCUCGCUGCGGCUACAUAAACGUUUUCGUGUUCGACUCUUCCUCCUGCACGAUCGACGCUUUCCCGUAGUGGACUAAAGAAACACAGCAAUAAAGCUUAUAUAUAGCA